AUGAAUCACUCUGAGCCAGCGCUUCGGAGACUUCAGUUGCCCGCGAGACAUUCAGGAGGUUGGUUGUCGAACUCAGCCUCUCUCCGAGCUAGUCCCCAGCCGUCUUCAUAAACAUUGAUAUAUCCAGUGCGAUUCACCCAACAACAGUAGAGGGUCAGUGCGAAAGAACAUAUAAAGAAGCACCAUUCCCUGCAUCCUAAGUAUUGAAAUAACAGUGAAUAACCCUGUAUUAGAAUACAAAAGAAAAAUAGAUUUCUGGCCGAUCUUUAUUUUAAAGUGCAGUGUUUGUUUACGUUUUUUCCCCCUUUAUUCAAAGUUGCCUCCGAAAUUUUUCCAAAGAAUAUUUUUUCUUAAAGGGAACAUGCAUAUCAAUCAGUGAGCCAGAUAUAAAACAGGCAAGGGGUUGUGCAAAUAAAUUAACAUAUAAAAUCCUUGCAGUGUUUUUUCAGUGACCCUACUGCCCAGCUUCCGGUCUACUACAUUUUUUGUUGGGGCAAUAAUCUUCAUAAAUAAAUACUGAUGCCCCGGUGAGACUAUUGCCUCGGAAGCAACUGUCGGUGUUGGGCUGAGAUGGCGUUUCUAGUGAGGGUGGAAAGAAUGAGGGCGUGAGGAUGUGUUCGUGCCUUUGGGCGGGCCUGGUGGAGGCCGCCCGUAACUUGAUGUGGGAGGCUUCGGCACUGAUUAGGCCUCCCGCCCACGUGGUGUUGGUAGGCCUAGACUCCUCAGGCAAAACCACAGCUUUGUUUCGACUGAGGUAUGGACAGUACGUCAAUGCCGUGCCCACAGUGGGUUUCAACAUGGAAAGAGUCCGUGCCGGGGGAGCCCAGUGGUUGAUAUGGGACGUUGGAGGUGCCGAACGGGUACGCCCACUGUGGCGUUCGUACACACGUGCCACGGAUGCCCUCAUCUUCGUCGUGGAUUCCAGUACGGGCGAGGAGAGACUCGAAGAGACCAGGGUGGAAUUACAAAGGCUGACCAAGCAACAGAGUGCCCAGUGCGUGGCACUCAACCGACCCCGCCCACCUCUCCUCAUACUGGCCAACAAGCAAGACCUCCCAGGGGCGCGAGAGCCCCACCACCUGGCGAAGGCUCUGGGAUUGCCCGAUCUCCCCGACAACCAGCCCUGGUCAGUGGCACCGGCGUGUGCCGUCACUGGUGAAGGACUUGAAGAGGCCAUGGUGACCUUGCAUGACCUCGUCACUAAGUCGCGCCAGCCAAAAUCCAAAUCGGCAACGAAGCAAGCAGCCCAAAAGUCCUGAAUCGCAUAUCACAAUGGGCAGACUCCAUUUCCCGGCUAUCAACAGCAUCAGUUGAAGAUGAUCCCAGCGCCAUCCAAAACCGCUGAGGUGCACCAAUUGGAUCAUCAGAAAUUCGUCUGAAUAAACGCUGACUUCCCUACGACUGAAGCCUUACACGCACCGCAGGACUCGUUCAAGCUGCUGCCGUCAGCUGAAAGCCCUAACUGUCAUUUAUGCCAUCUGUCAGACGACCAUAGACGGGCUUCGUGUCCGUCAUAAGGAAGCAGAGUAGGAGAGGAGGGGUGACUGAAGCCAACCAUGUGCCUCUACUUGACUCCUUUUCCCGUCUGGUUUCAGCUUCAUCUAAGAAAAGGUCUGCCCAAAGCUACCCCAGCCUUAGAAAUGACGCACACAUUAUAUAUUAAUAUACAUAAUGUAUAUACCACUCUAACAUUCCAUCUCGAUGUUUUGUCCUUGAAAUUCAAUAGUGUUUAGCUGUCUGACCGUUUGAAGAACUUGACCGGAGUGUCAUAAUGCGCUCCCUUGUACAGCAUCAGCAUUUGGUUGUACUUCCUCCAUGCAUAGAGCUUUGUAUUAUUUAUAGACAAACGUUUCUUCUCACUGCUGUCACUAUACAACUACCGAAAGCAACUUCCUCCGUUGUGCUUUCCCAGAAGUGUUUUACUUUAGCUUUAAUGAACGGAGUGAUACGUGUGUAUGUGUGUGUGUGUGCGUGACAUCUAAAGAAAACGAUAUAUAAAUGAAAAAGGGUCCAUCUUGUGCAACGAAAAAUACAACUGAUGAGCCCAAAAGCGAAUCAAUGAAGUGCAAACCUCAAACAGCCGCCAAAUUUAUAUAUAAAAAAAUGUGAAUAAAUCGAGAAUAAAAAGAGCCCCGUCAUCCACCAGAAGUCCAAAAAAAUUGCUAUCAAAUGAUGGGUUCGUGUCAGGCACACGAGUCCCCACCGCCGAUGAGCCUGGUAAAUUUAUGUUUUGGGGGCCGGGGGGUGGCAGGGGGGGGGAGAGGAGGGGACAAAGGUCUUAAAGAAGACGCCACAGAACUGAAGUCGUUGAAAAUAACAGUUCAGAGAGAGGACAUUUACCAGAACAUAAUUUCACAGAUACUUGAAAAGAACGUGACCUUCAUGUCAACUAAAUUCAGGAGUGAAAGCUGAUCAAGAUGCUUUCGAAACUGCAUCACGGCGACAUUUUUUAAGUCGAAGCCAUCACCAUCCUGACAUUUUUUUCCCACGAAAGCACAUCUCGCAAUGUCGAGAUGGACAUAAUCGGCGACGUGAUCUUACAUCGUCCGAAGAUUUCAAUUCAAUGAGCUGGAGAUGUAGCAAGAUUCACAGAAGCGCUCCGUGGAGCAAUCACCCCCCAACCCCCGGGAACACCAACGCAGAGAACAAGACCGCAGCUGGCCAAGGUUGCUAUCGGCUCCCCAGUUCCAGCCCCCGAAAAUUUGGUAACUUAUUACUUCACGUUGGCGGUUCCUAUGUUUACAGGUAACUGGUUGUUGCGUGUUUUUUUGGGUGAUAAUAAUGUUAGAAGAGGUUCAUGCAAUCGUGCACUUGCUGCAACAAGGCUGGAAUAUGAGUCUGUCGAGUGUAUAAUAUGGAAGGUUUUAGGAAAGAUGACUUUUAUAAAUGUGAUGAUUAUCAUACAAUAAUGGAUUAAAUGUGUGUUGGCUGUCAUAAUUAGUUGCAUUUGCUUAACGCUGCCAUUCUUUCUGUUAUUUGCAAAUGAGAAAAUAAAUCCUUAAUUAAUAUAUAGAAUAAUCCAGAGAUGAAUAAAAUCACUUAUAACUUCUAACAACACCAACACAAUGAGUCUCAUUUCCUAAAACCCAAAGUAACAAAAAUGUAGAUUAUUUUGUCGAAUUUGUGCUUCCACCAGUAAGACAGUGUCAUAUAUAUAUAUAUAUAUAUAUAUAUAUAUAUAUAUAUAUAUAUAUAUAUAUAUAUAUAUAUAUAUAUAUAUAUUAGUAUGCUCAUCAUGUGUUUAUGCUCUGAUAAACUACGAUGUUUAAUCUUUGGGUAUUUUUUGUGUCAUUUAGGUUAGUCGUUUUUAUCUGUUUUUCUAGAGAGAUAAUCUUAAUGCAGAGAUACGUUAAGAAAAAUGUGAAAUGUAUAUCAUGCCUAAGUUCUCAUUGUAUUCACUGCAGGUAACGAAUGAAUUUCUUGUAAAAUCAAAAUGACUUAUAGUCUUAGAUUAGGACACUUGUAGGUGAAAGAAAGUGAUAUUGGUAUAAGGAGUUGGGACACACACACACACACAAUGUUGUAAUACUGUAGAUCAUUAGAUUAAUUACUCAAUAGGUGAUAGCUUUAAUAGACAUAGUGAACCAUACACACGUUAAGUCGUAUUUAAAGACACGUCAUACACAAAACACAUAAACCCCCCCACACACACACAUAAUAUAUAUAUAUCUUCCAAGAUAUCACUUCUUUACAAAACAACACUACGACAGAAUAAGAAAAUUGAAAUGUAAUAAUACUAACCAAUCUCUAAAUUUACUUUGCAUCAACGCAUUUUGCUAUGACUUCCUAUUUUGCUAUUUUGCACUUUCCUUCACAAUUUCAAAAUCCUGCCACGUUGACAUUCAAGCACUGCCAAAGACAACGGUAUUUUCCCCAAAGGUUUCUUAAGAUAUUUCAUUUUACUCAAUUCAAAUACUCCUCUCUGGAAUUAUUUUGCAACCUUUCCCUGGGCUCUUUCCUUGAAAUACGAGAACAGUAGUAUUUUACUGCCUGCCUUCGCAUUCUGUUCCCUUAAAAUACGUUCUGGUUAGGCCUUAACUUCCAAACCCUGAGUUAAAUGUCAGCAUCUUCCUCCAGUAAUGUUUGUACGAAACUUUAGCAGCAGUAAACGAAAGAACAUUGUUCCUUUUUUCAGUCAUUUAUUUACUUAUUUAAUUUUCUAUUGUUGUCGAUGCUGCCUCAAAUUAACAUACGACUAAUACCAGUAAGUCUCGCAUUGAACUCAAAGUCGGUUACAUGAGAAUUACAAAAAUACAUAACAAUCAGGAGUAAUCAUUCACAUUUUGGUAAAUCUUUCAUGCUUUACUUAUUCUCUCUCUCUCUCUCUCUCUCUCUCUCUCUCUUUCUCUCUCUCUCUAUCUCUCUCUCUCUCUCUCUCUCUCUCUCUCUCUCUCUCUCUCUCUCUCUGUCUGACACACUCGGCCAGGAGACACACAUUCUCAAGCGUGGUUUGUUAAUUGUCAGCGGUGAAACUUCUAAUGGCUUGUACAACUUCUUGUUAAAGAGACUCGUGUUUUACGUAGCGUAUUCUUAAGGCUAAUUGUGCUUGUACCCAAGAAUGUGUGUGUUUGUGUGAUGCUUCGGAGGUCAACCCUCUCUCUCUCUCUCUCUCUCUUAUUCAGUUAAUCACAUUUUUUAUUAUAACAAACUAUGCUAUACAGAUUUCGACGCAUUUCAACUUUAAUAUUUACAUAUAUAUUUGUCCCUUAAUCAUAUUAAUGACGAGUUAAAUAUGAGCCCUAAACUGCAGAACUAGCCAUACCCGCCCGCCCCCCCAAAAAGACCAUUAAUGGAAAAAUGGAAGGAAACAAAAAUAUAUAACGAAAAAAACCAUUAAUGGGGAGAAGGAAGACGACCGAAAAAAAAAAAAAAAUAAAAUAACAGUUGGAGGAGAAGACGAAAUAGUAUCUAGGCCUCCUCAUGGAAAAAAAUGAUAAUGACAGCAUAGGCCUAAACAGGUGAUUACUUCCAGGAACCGAGGGAGGCAGCAGAUGUGAACGGGGCCUUUUUUUUCUAUGAAUAGUAAUAGAUCUCAGUUUGAAUUUUAAAAAGGGAGAUUUAAUACUGACGACUAGCUAGCGGGAUGGACUAAAAUGUACAUAAUCUUUUAUUCAUUCACGACUGUAUCAUUUCUGGGAUGAAUUUCGUUACACUGAUUAAUUUCUGAUAAGAUUAAAGUUCUGGUUUCAAACCUGGUAUUCCAGGUAAUUUUAGAAGCACUGGA